GUGCGGCGUCGUAUAAUAUAUCAGUGGAGGCAACAGGCGAAAAUAAUAGUUUGGAGAAUGUAGACGAUAUCAAUGCGCAACCGGGUGGUAGUGUCUCUGACAGCGCAAUUAUCUGGCCUCGCUUGCGGUUGUACGCCAACCCCUUUUAUUAUCGCCAUCCCCAGAAUCAACGCUCCUAUCAUAUACGUUCUACCCUAAUGCUUGCGUAUUGCCGAGGAUUGUCAGAUGAUAUCUAUCGAGCUUUGUUGUAGAAUCGAAAUCCGACACAGCGAUAGAAAAACCAAUAUCAGUAAAAACCGAAGACGAUAAAUGGCCAGGCAGAUGGCCGUGCACGACAAGAGACAUGACCAGAGAAUUGUUGGAAAAACGAAAACAGAGACGGAUGAAACGAAAAGAUUUGUUCCCCUGUGAUCUAGACGACACUUUCGAUAUAUUGGAAGAUCAAGCCAAUGAUUAUUCCGAUCGUAAAGAAUUAGGCCAUGCCCGGAUUCCACAAAUAUGUACUCUACCGCAUAAAGAGUCGCUAGUCGAUCGGUGUACCGGUGAAAAAUUUGGUUUAGUCGAUGGUGAUUACAUCAUUUUCGAAUUACCCUCUAAAGCGCGUGGAACAAGGAUCUACGCUGACGUAUGCCUUCGUGGAAUGAAGGGUAUGCAUUUGCCAGAACUGAGCAUGAUGCGGGCGCGUAAAAAUACGUGGAAAUUCUGCUUUUAUCAAGGAAUCAUUGCACUUCUGGCUAAGACACAGUUGAGAUACAAGUAUGCUUGGAGCGCAAACAUCGAUUAUAUCUAUGAUCACGCGUGGAUGUUAUACACCCAUAUUGGUAUGAUGAACAUCAGGGAGAAACAAAGGCUGGACGAUAUCGUGGUGUACAAUUACAAGUACAGCAUCGAAGUGAAAUUGAUUCAAGAGCUGAAGGACGUUCCAAUAGUCACGGAUAUUCCAUGGGAUUACGAGGAGAAGAACAUGAAGCAAAAAAUGAUCAUGGAACGUAAGGAUUUGAUAAACGUUAAACUAGAGGUCGGGUCUGAAAAAAUAACUGACGGACAAAAGAUGCCAUCUUGCGUUCUGGAAGGAUAA